AGCAACGCAUAGUUCUGUUUCUUUGUUUUGAGUCUCAUAUCUGUGAAGCCGCUAGCAAAAGCUGAACGUAAACUUGUUGCAAUUGAAUUUGUCAAAUCUUCAAUUCAUCUAUAGCAAGUCUAUUACUAAAAGUAACUGACCAACAGAAUUUUGAAGCCCUACUGUCAAUUGAUCUAAUUGCCACAGUAUUAAAGUCUCGCUGUUCUGAUAUUGUAUAAUCAAAGAGGUAUUUCUUGUAUUUUCGUACUUGCUUUGCUUCUUCUCAUCUAAUGUGCGCAACUACGAAGCCAUACUAUGAGGCUCUUCCUGCCAGCCUCAAGCCAGUCCAUUACGACUUGUCUAUUUCUGCAAUCGACGUAGCUGCUGAAACCUUCAAAGGCAAAGUAUCCAUCAACUUGGACAUUGUAGAAGAAACUGAUGAGUUACACUUGAACUACAGAGACUUGACUGUGACUAAAGAAGACAUCGAAGUCACCUUGAUCACCAGCGAUGACAAAUCUUCCUCUGUCAACAUCGUCUCAUUGACUGAAUUUAAGGAAAAGGAAUUUUUCAUCAUCAAGUUUGCUGAAAAGGUACAACCAGCUGCUGGUGCAAAACUCUUAGUUACUCUUCACUACAAUGCUAUCAUCCAGACCAACAUGGCAGGUUUCUAUAAAUCAGGUUAUACCGAAGAUGGCGUCGAAAAGUUCAUGUUGUCCACACAAUUCGAAGCUACUGAUGCCAGAAGAGCUUUCCCAUGUUUGGAUGAACCCUCAUUGAAGGCCACCUUCAUUGUGGAUGUCACUGUUCCUGGUCAAUGGACUGCUUUGGGUAAUACUCCUGUAGCUGAAUCCGAAGACAUUGUAGAUAAAAACCUCAAGAAAGUCACAUUUGAAAAGACACCCAUCAUGUCCACAUAUUUGUUGGCUUGGGCUACGGGUGAAUUCGAGUAUAUCGAGUCUUUCACGGAAGAAAACUACGUGGACAACAAGCCUUUGCCUGUUCGUAUUUAUACGACAAAGGGAUAUCUUGAAGAUGCGAAGUUAGCUUCUGAAAUUGCUCCAAAGAUCGUAGACUACUUUUCCAAGAUUUUCGAAAUCAAGUACCCCUUGCCCAAAUUGGACUUGAUAGCGGUGCAUUCCUUCUCGCACAAUGCCAUGGAAAACUGGGGGCUUAUCACCUAUAGAUCAACGGCCUUGUUGUACUCAGAGGAGAAGUCAGAUCCUUCUUACAAACAGAAGGUAGUCUAUGUUGUAGCCCACGAAUUGGCCCAUCAGUGGUUUGGUAAUUUGGUUACCAUGAAGUGGUGGGAUGAACUUUGGCUUAACGAAGGGUUUGCUACCUGGGUUGGAUUUGCAGCUGUAGAGUACUUGUACCCAGAAUGGAAUAUUUUCAGCGGGUUUGUCUCUGAGUCGUUGCAGCAGGCUCUUAACUUGGAUGGAUUGCGAAACUCGCAUCCUAUCGAAGUACCUGUUAUCGACGCAUUGGACAUCGACCAGUUGUUUGAUGUUAUCUCUUACUUGAAGGGUGCCUCUACUAUUCUAAUGAUUUCUAAUUACUUGGGAAAGGAAGAAUUCCUCAAGGGUGUGGCUCUCUACUUGAACCGCAACAAGUUCGGCAACGCCAGCUCUCACGACUUGUGGAGUGCCGUAGGCGAAGUGAGUGGUAAACCCAUCGACAGCUUGAUGGAAUCCUGGAUCAAAAAGGUUGGGUUCCCAGUUGUUAGCGUAGACGAAGACAAAAACAACUUAGUGCUUAACCAAUCGCGUUUCUUGAACAGUGGAGACAUAACCGAUGCUGAGAAUGACACCAAGUGGUGGAUUCCACUUAACAUCACGACGGAUUCCACUUCUGUAAGAGACAUUUCUGUUGACUCUUUUGACUCGGAAAAGUUGAUCAUUGAGAAUUUUGCCUUGAAAAAUGACUUUUUCAAGUUGAACAAGGACACGAGCGGAGUCUACAGAGUUAACUACUCCAGCUCUAUCUUGGAGAAGAACAUUCUUCCACACUUCAACAGAAUGUCCCCAAGAGACAGAGUUGGACUCAUAGCUGACACUGCAUCCAUUGCUGUUUCUGGUAACAAUCUGACAGAGACCUUCUUGAAGUUGGUCAAGUCGAUUGUACACCAGCUCGGAGACGACUACGUAGUGUGGUUGGAAUUGGGCAAACGAUUGGAUGAUUUGUUUACCGCAUUCGGUGGAGUUGAUGAAGAGUUGACUAAUAACUUGAAUAAGUUCUUGAGAUUCGUCUACCAAGACAAGGCUCUUGCCUUCAUUGACGAGUUGAGAAACUCUUCCUCUAUUGACAAUUCCGACUUUUUGAAAGUUAAGCUUAGAUCGGAAGUGUUGACCCAUGCUGGUUUGUUGUCAAUUCCAGAAGUGACUCAAUAUGCCUCUGAAUUGUUCAAGAAAUGGUUGGAAGGUACCCCAAUUCACCCAUCGCUCAGAUCGUUUGUCUUUGGCACCGUAGCUGCUUCUCCAGACUUAUCUAAUACGCAGUUUGAUUCCAUUUUGAAGGAAGUGACUCACCCAAGCUCGUUGGACUCCAGAGAAGUAGCCUUACGUUCGUUGGGUAACGUCAACAAUGACGAGCUUUCCGCUAGGUUGCUCAACUACUUGGUGGACCCAGAAGUUAUUCCCACGAUGGACUCGCACUUUUUGGGUGUACCUUUAUCGUCCAACCUUCACACCAAGGAAAAGUUUCUUCAGUUUUUCUUUGAGCACUAUGCUGAUUUCUACAAGUUGAUGUCAACCAAUAUGGUUGUUUUGGAUAGGUUCAUUAAGUUCACAUUUGUCAACUACCAGUCGUUGGACACUCUUGAGAAGAUGGAAACCUUCUUCAAGGGCAAGGAUAUCCAUGGGUUCGAAAGAGCCCUCAAGCAAGCAUUGGAUAAUGUAAGAAUCAAUGCCAACUGGUUCAACAGAGACCACCAGACGGUCAAGGACUUCUUGGCUGGUUUGUAGGCAUAUAUACUCUAAUACAUAAUACAAUGAAAAGAAUACGAU